AUGACUCAACUAUCAUCACUAACGCUCCAUAUGUGCGAUUCCAGAGACACGACGGCCCACAAUGCUUUUGAACUAGUUACAGUCUUCAUUGUAAACGAGUUGAAAGCAAACAACAGUCUUACUCAAGUUAAUAUUGCAGACAACCCAAUGUCCGAUACACGAGUUGAAGCACUAACAGAAGCCCUGAAAGUAAACAACACUCUUACUGAACUUGAUCUUAGCAGCAACCACAUAUCCGAGAGGGGAGGCGAAGCACUAGCAGAAGCACUAAAUGUAAACAACACUCUCACUAAACUUCAUCUUGGAAGGAACGUAGUAUGCGAUAGAGGCGGUGAGGCACUAGCAGAAGCACUAAAAGUAAACAACACUCUCACUCAACUUGAUCUUAGCAGUAACGCAAUAUACGAUAGAGGAGGUGAAGCACUAGCAGAAGCACUGAAAGUAAACAGCAUUCUCACUAAACUGGAUCUUAGCAUGAACCAAAUAUCCGAUAGAGGAGGUGAAGCACUAGCAGAAGCACUAAAAGUAAACAACACUCUCACUAAACUGGAUCUUAGCAGGAACCAAAUAUCCGAUAGAGGAGGUGAAGCACUAGCAGAAGCACUAAAAGUAAACAACACUCUCACUAAACUGGGUCUUAGCAGCAACGCAAUAUCCGAUAGAGAAGUUGAAGCAUUAGCAGAAGCACUGAAACUAAACAACACUCUCACUCAGCUUCAUCUUGAAUGGAACCGAAUAACCGAGAGAGGAGGUGAAGCACUAGCAGAAGCACUGAAAGUAAACAAGACUCUUACUCACCUUCAUCUUGGAUGGAACCAAAUACGCGAUGGAGGAGGUGAAGCACUAGCAAAAGCACUGAAAGUAAAUCACAGUAUCAGUCAGCUUCAUAUUACAGAUAACUACAUAUCCGAGAGAGGAGGUGAAGCAUUAGCAGAAGCACUGAAAGUAAACAACACUCUUACUCAUCUUGAUCUUGCAAGAAACCGAAUAUCCGAUAGGGGAAGUGAAGCACUAGCAGAAGCACUGAAACAUGUGUGGGAUGUUACAACAAUGAAAAACUUAGAUGAAUGUAACGCCUAUGUUAAGAGACAAGAGGGAGUUAUUACACAUGAAGAGAACAGCGAAAACUUCAAACAGGGAAUUACAGAUUCUAAUCCCCGUUGUAAAACUACAUAUUUAAAUACAGUCUAA